AUGAAACGAAGAAUCACCUUCAUCCAGAGCGUCAAUGCCUCCUUCGACCCGGAGCAAGCUGUGUUAACCACGUCAUCCCUCUCCGUCCGUGACAUAGACGCUGCGCGGGAGGAUCGCAUUACGGUCGGACUGGACGAGCUCCCAGAGGAGUUGCGUGCUGUCCUCGAGCAAUCCCAUGAGCUCCACCUUCGCUGGGCCUCCGAGAGGUCUUUCGAUGCUGUCGUGCCAUUCAGUAGCCGAGUUUCGCCUGGCCUGCAUGUCCAUUAUACUCCGCUCGGAUCGGAAUCAUCUUCAGAGGCACUGUGCACGCUGCUCCGCACGAUAGUAGCGCCCAGCAAGGACGCCCAAUAUAAGAAUUGUUCGAAGCAGGAGGAUGCGUUCAUUACACCUCCGCUUCUUUCAACACGAUUCGGUUCAUCGGCCGCUCUACAAUAUUACACCCGACUCCCUUCCAUACAGCCGCUGGUCAAAUAUAUUCACAACACUGUCUGUGACCAGAGUCGUACAGGUGGCCGCGAGUGCCACACCCGGGCCGAUGCUCUCCUCUCUGCGGACUCGGUCGAUAUCGACUAUGACAGCACUUCACACGCCUUAACUGUGUCUGGGCUCUGGGCCAGUUCACCUACGGGCGGUUGGACGGAUAAGUUUCAAAGGCCAGCCUCCGCUGACGAUCAAGUCGAGUUCGGUCUCUUGGGCGCCGAGGCAGGGCUUGAGCCAGAGGAGAUCAAGAUGGGCGGGCUGUUAGCGGUUGUCGGAGAGGACGAGAAGCUAAAACCAACUAUGUUCUCAUUCCCCUCCCGUCACCAAUCUCUCACUGAACCAUCGAGCUACACCGUCUCCUUCGCCUCCCCGACUGGUCUUCACCCAACAAUGUCUAUAUCCAUGCCUCGGUCAUCCCUCAAACGACCCACAGCACCAGACGACACAACCUGCGGUCUGCACACAUACCUCACCCUCCCCUCCGUCAUAUUUGGCGAUCAAUACCAGCUCGCGACAACAGAUCCACUCUUCCUCGAGUCACACAAUCUCCUAGCCCUCCAAGCCUUAGCAGGCGAAAUGGACCUGGAAGCCCCAGACUGGGUUGUUCAGCGCUGGGGCUCCAACUGGCUCUUCGAACUAGCAACACCCCCAGAACUCGAAGAAACGGCCAACACACCAGAUUCCUCAAACUGGACUGCCACCAUUCCUCUGCACCUGCGGUACCUGCCACCAUCCGAAACAGGACACCGCACAGCUUACAUUCCCUGGCCUGUCGUCUUCUGGGCUUGUACUUCCGAGGACAGCACGAAGAUGAGUGUGAAUCCCUUCGACCGCACACAUCUAGGCUGGGACAGCUUGUUCGGUCCGCGAACCCUAUUCUACCAGCUUCAGCCUACAGGUGAUCGUCUUGUGGAGGAGAUCGAUGUGCCGGUUCUACGACUUGAGGGCGAGGAGGGCUACUUCCAGGGUAAAUAUAUCGAGCUUGGUACUUGUGCGGUGAUCUCUCUUGGGUUCAUCUGGGUGCUUUGGCGGCUUGCUCGUGUUGCUUGGUCGUCUGGCGUUGGUAGUAAACCGGUCGAGACUGCGCAUGAUAAGAAGGAAUGA